AAAAAAAAAAAAAAAAAAAACAAGAAAAGAAAAGAAAACUGUUGGGACGCCAGUUUGUGGAGGUCCAGUGUUGUCCACCAGAGCGCAGUCUUGCGUCAUUAGUUCUCUCGGUCAUGGCAACCGCGUUUUCAUUGACUCAUUCCCUGCAUAGAUCACACCAAGAACGAACACGCCAAAAACACGGGCGGAUUCAUGAGGAAUGAGCCGAAUCCUCUGUCUCCAUGACAUUCUUCUAAAGGCUUUUCACUGAGUGAGAUCUAGAAGAGAGAUUUGAAUGUUCGCCGUUGAUCGGAUGUUCAGCUGACUGUGAUUGCAGGAACAUUGUGCGAUCAUCAUCAUGGCUGCGUCUGAAUUAUAUACAAAGUAUGCCCGGGUCUGGAUCCCGGAUGUAGAGGAAGUGUGGAGGUCAGCAGAGCUCACCAAGGACUACAGACAAGGAGACGGAGUACUGCAACUACAGCUAGAGGAUGGAAAGGAAUUGGAGUACAAAUUGGACCCCAAGACGAACAACUUGCCACAUCUGCGUAACCCAGAUAUCCUGGUGGGAGAAAAUGACCUGACGGCUCUCAGCUACCUUCACGAGCCUGCUGUGUUACACAACCUGAAAGUGCGCUUCACUGAUUCCAAACUCAUCUACACUUACUGCGGUAUUGUGUUGGUCGCUAUAAACCCAUAUGAGACGCUUCCCAUCUAUGGAUCCGACAUCAUUAAUGCGUACAGCGGGCAGAAUAUGGGCGACAUGGACCCUCACAUCUUCGCAGUGGCAGAAGAGGCUUACAAACAGAUGGCCAGGGAUGAGAGGAAUCAGUCCAUCAUUGUGAGUGGAGAAUCUGGAGCAGGGAAAACUGUUUCAGCAAAAUACGCCAUGCGUUACUUUGCCACGGUCAGCGGCUCUGCCAGUGAAGCCAAUGUAGAGGAGAAAGUUCUGGCAUCCAACCCUAUCAUGGAGUCCAUCGGUAACGCCAAGACCACCAGGAAUGACAAUAGCAGUCGAUUUGGGAAAUACAUUGAGAUCGGCUUUGAUAAGAGGUAUCACAUCAUUGGUGCGAACAUGAGGACAUAUCUGUUGGAGAAAUCGCGCGUUGUAUUUCAGGCGGAUGAAGAGAGGAAUUAUCAUAUCUUCUAUCAGCUCUGUGCAUCUGCUCACCUCCCGGAGUUUAAAGCCUUGAAACUCGGGAAGGCUGAUAGUUUUCACUACACCAAACAGGGCAGGAACCCAGUGAUAGAUGGAAUAGAUGAUGCCAAGGAGAUGUCGAUCACAAGGAACGCCUUCUCACUGCUAGGUGUAAAUGAGUCCUAUCAGAUGGGAUUGUUUCGGAUUCUGGCUUCGAUUUUGCACCUGGGGAACGUGGAAGUAAAGGAUAGAGACUCGGACAGCAGUAUCAUUCCACCAAAUAAUGGUCACCUGAGUGUGUUUUGUGAAUUGAUGGGUGUGACGUAUCAAGACAUGUCUCAUUGGCUGUGCCAUAAGAAGCUGAAGACAGCAACCGAGACAUACAUAAAGCCCGUCCCCAAACUACAGGCCAUAAAUGCCCGCGAUGCCCUCGCUAAACAUAUCUACGCCAAACUCUUCAACUGGAUCGUGGACCAUGUGAACAAAUCGCUACAUUCUACGGUCAAGCAGCACUCGUUCAUCGGAGUCCUGGACAUUUACGGGUUUGAGACUUUUGAAAUCAACAGUUUUGAACAGUUCUGUAUUAAUUAUGCCAAUGAAAAACUACAGCAACAGUUCAACAUGCAUGUGUUUAAGUUGGAGCAGGAGGAGUACAUGAAAGAGCAGAUACCAUGGACUCUCAUUGAUUUCUAUGAUAAUCAGCCAUGUAUCAACCUCAUUGAGGCCAAGAUGGGCGUCCUGGACCUGUUGGAUGAAGAGUGCAAGAUGCCGAAGGGUUCAGAUGACUCCUGGGCUCAGAAACUGUAUAACACUCAUUUGAAGACGUGUGCACUUUUUGAAAAGCCACGGAUGUCCAAUAAAGCUUUCAUUAUUCAGCACUUUGCAGAUAAGGUGGAAUAUCAGUGUGAUGGUUUUCUGGAGAAGAAUAAAGAUACAGUUAAUGAGGAGCAGAUACAUGUUCUGAAGGCCAGUAAGUUUGACCUGCUGGUGGAGCUGUUCCAUGAUGAGGAGAAAGCAACGAGUCCAACCGGUGCUGCUCUGACCACUGGAGGACGCACUCGCCUCAGUGUCAAACCAGUCAAGAGCACAGCUGGCCAAUCUGGCAAAGAACACAAGAAGACUGUCGGACUGCAGUUCCGUAACUCUCUGCAUCUGCUGAUGGAGACGCUGAAUGCAACUACGCCUCAUUACGUUCGCUGCAUCAAACCCAACGAUUUCAAAUUUGCCUUCACGUUUGACCCCAAGAGGGCAGUGCAGCAACUUCGUGCUUGUGGAGUUUUGGAAACAAUACGCAUCUCCGCAGCUGGUUUCCCAUCUAGGUGGACGUAUCAAGAGUUCUUUAGCAGGUAUCGUGUCCUGAUGGUACAAAAAGAUGUUUUGACGGACAGGAAGAUGACCUGUAAGAACGUUCUGGAGAAACUUGUGCAGGAUCCAGACAAGUACCAGUUUGGCAAGACCAAGAUUUUUUUCCGAGCGGGGCAGGUUGCGUACCUGGAAAAACUGCGUGCAGAUAAGUUGCGUGCUGCUUGCAUCCGCAUCCAGAAGACCAUCCGCUGCUGGCUGGCGCGAAAGAAGUACCUGCGCAUGAAACAUGCUGCCACAACCAUCCAGAGAUACGUCCGUGGACACCAGGCCCGCUGUCUUGCAAAAUUCCUGCGUCGCACACGUGCUGCAAUCAUCAUUCAGAAGUACCAGCGCAUGUAUGUCCAGAGAACAUGUUACAAACGCAAGAAGGCUGCUGCUCUUGCCAUGCAGUGCAUCCUCAGGGCUUACAUGGCCAGACAACUGUACAAAGCGCUUCUGCGCGAGCACAAGGCCAUCAUCAUUCAGAAGAUGGUACGCGGCUGGUUGGCGCGGCAGUGGUUCAAGCGUUCGCUCAGAGCCAUCGUGUACCUGCAGUGCUGCACCCGUCGCAUGCGAGCCAAGUGGGAACUCAAGAAACUCAAGAUCGAGGCGCGCUCGGUCGAACACUUCAAGAAACUCAACAUCGGCAUGGAGAACAAGAUCAUGCAGUUGCAGCGCAGGAUAGACGAACAGAACAAGGACAACCGUUCUCUCAGCGAGCGUUUGAAUGGUCUAGAGAUCAGCCAUGCUGCAGAGUCUGAGCGCAUGCGUGUGGAAGUCCACCGUCUGCGAGGGGCAGAAGAGGAUGCCAAAAACAACGCCAACAAAGUUACAACUCUUAUGGAGGAGCUGGAGCGACUUCGCAAAGACCUAAAUAACACACAGAAGGAAAAGAAAGCCAUCGAGGAAUGGGCGAAAACCUACCAGGACGAGAUGGAACAGAUGAUCUCAGAACUAAAGGAGCAAAACCACCUGCUGAAGAACGAGAAAAACGACCUGAACCGACUCAUCCAAGAACAAGGCCAGCAGUGGACAGAGAAAAUGCAGAGGGCUCUGAAGGAGGAAACCCAGCAGCUAGAAAACGAUUUAAACGAGGAACGGUCUCGCUACCAGAACCUCCUUACCGAACACCUGCGACUAGAGGAGAAAUACGACGAUUUGAAAGAGGAGAUCUCACUUGCAGUGAAUGUUCCAAAACCUGGCCACAGGCGCACAGACUCCACACACAGCAGCAACGAAUCAGAAUGUACCUACAACUCCGAAUUUGCAGAGUCCGAGGAAGGGUCCCGCGGUGGGGAGGAUGUCUCCAAGGCAAUACUGGACAUGUCCCUGUUCCUGAAGCUACAGAAGAGAGUCUCCGAACUAGAGCAAGAAAAACAGUCACUGCAGAACGAACUCGACCGGAGGGAAGAGCAGUUUCAGCGGGCUAGAGCUAGGGAUGAUGAGGAACAUAAGAAAGCUCGUGGUGCUGAGCUGGAGUAUGAAUCUCUCAAGCGUCAGGAGUUGGAGUCUGAGAAUAAGAAGCUCAAACAUCAUUUGAAUGAGAUGCGUCAGUCUUUGAGAGGCAGCGCCGAGGCCGGUUCCGCUGCUCCGGGUUCUCCUCCUUACACUGUCCUGCUGGAUCAGCUGAACUCCUCCAACGAGGAGCUGGAGGUGCGGAAGGAAGAGGUGCUCAUCCUGCGCUCUCAACUCGUCAGUCAGAAAGAGGCCAUGCAACACAAGGAUGAAAAGGCUACCAUGACUGAACCUUUGCCGUACAUUGAGGAUGUGCAGAAGUUGACCGAUGCCAAGGAGCUCUCCCAGGCCUACAUGGGUCUCAAAGACACCAACAGGUUGUUGGAGUCUCAGUUGCAGGCUCAGCGUCGGUCUCAUGAAAAUGAGGUGGAGGUUUUGCGUGGAGAGCUGCAGAGUGUUAAAGAGGACAAUAACCGUCAGCAGCAGCUUUUAGCUCAAAAUCUACAGCUUCCUCCAGAGGCUCGAAUCGAAGCCAGUCUGCAACACGAGAUCACACGACUCACCAACGAGAACCUGGAGCUUCAUUCUGAUGAUCCAAAGGAGUAUAAAGCCUACCGAAUCAGCAUGUUACGCAGGAUGGUUGAUCUCAUGGAGCAGCUGGAGAAACAGGAUAAGACUGUCCGCAAGCUGAAGAAACAGCUCAAAGUCUUUGCAAAGAAGAUCAAUGACCUGGAAGGUGGGCAGAUGGAUGUGUCUCCGGGACAGACGACCGAUGAGCCCGUUCAUCCAGUGAACAUUCCACGCAGGGAGAAAGAUUUCCAGGGAAUGCUGGAAUACAAGAAAGAGGAUGAACUCAAAUUGGUCAAAAAUCUCAUACUUGAGCUAAAGCCUCGUGGUGUGGCAGUGAAUCUGAUACCAGGACUGCCGGCAUACAUCCUCUUCAUGUGUCUGCGCCAUGCCGACUACGUUAAUGAUGACCAGAAAGUCCGAUCUCUACUCACCUCUGUCAUUAACAGCAUCAAGAAGAUCCUCAAGAAACGAGGUGAUGACUUUGAGACGGUUUCCUUCUGGUUGUCCAACACGUGUCGUUUCCUGCACUGCCUGAAACAGUACAGUGGCGAUGAGCAAUUCAUGAAGCAUAACUCCCCCAAACAGAACGAUCACUGUCUCUCCAACUUUGACCUGGCUGAGUACCGGCAAGUUUUGAGCGAUCUGGCCAUUCAGAUCUACCAACAGCUCAUCAAGUCUAUGGAGAACAUCCUGCAGCCCAUGAUCGUCUCUGGCAUGCUGGAACAUGAAACCAUCCAGGGCGUUUCCGGCGUGAAGCCCACGGGUCUCCGUAAGAGGACAUCGAGUAUCGCCGACGAGGGCACGUACACGUUGGACUCCAUCAUCCGCCAGCUCAAUACCUUCCACUCCAUCAUGUGUCAGCACGGGACCGACCCGGAGCUCAUCAAACAGGUGGUCAAGCAGCAGUUCUACAUCAUCGGCGCGGUUACUCUCAACAACCUGCUGCUGCGUAAAGACAUGUGCUCCUGGAGCAAGGGCAUGCAGAUCAGGUAUAACGUGAGUCAGCUGGAGGAGUGGCUGAGAGAUAAGAAUCUCAUGACAUGCGGCGCAAAAGAGACGCUGGAGCCGCUGAUUCAGGCCGCUCAACUACUGCAGGUGAAGAAGAAAACGGAUGAGGAUGCCGAGGCAAUCUGCUCCAUGUGUAACGCUCUCUCUACAGCACAGAUCGUGAAGGUGCUGAACUUGUACACGCCUGUCAAUGCAUUUGAAGAGCGUGUGUCAGUUUUGUUCAUAAGAACAAUACAGACGCGUUUACGGGAUCGGAAGGAGUCGCCUCAGCUGCUGAUGGACACCAAAAUCAUCUACCCCGUAACCUUCCCCUUUAACCCCUCCUCUCUGGCCCUUGAAACCAUUCAGAUCCCCGGCAGCCUCAAUCUGUCCUUCCUCACUCGCGUGUAGACCUGUCAAUCACCUCAGCCAAUCACACGGCAGGAACAGGGAGCCAAAAUAUUUAAAUAAAUAAUCAAUUGUUAUAGGUAAAUAAGCCACAUAAUUAAAGAGAAUGCAAUUUAGACCAUGUCACCAAUCCCUCUUUUUGCUCUUCUUCAUCACUUUUGUUUAUUCAUUAAAAGGGUGAAUCUUGCAAAAACCUGUUUUAAUUAAAGAAAAUUAAGCCCAUCUUUAUACCAUAAAGUUUUUGGACAUUGUGAUGCUAUUUUAAUGAUAAUUAAGCUUUUUCCCUCACAAUUUUGUAUUGCUUUAUUGCAAAAAAAAAAAAAAAAAUCUUAUUGCGAAAACAAAUAAUAUUAUUCACAUUGUACAGUAUUUGCUGGCAUAU